UUACACGGACAAUUACCCAUGUCAAGCCAUCUUGUUAGGCUUCAGCAUCAUCAAGCUCGACAAAACCAACUAUAUCGAACAGGCAGUAAUUCGUCUCUACGAUCAGGAGAAUCAAAUCAACAAUAUACGACAGGCGCAACAGAAAAUGCUAAUGGUGGACAUGGAUCCAUUAUUUCUGGUUCUAUUCUCUCUGGGGGAGCUAGUAAUAUCCGUUCUGGCUCAAAAUUAGAUUAUAAUCAAACAGCACAUGUACCAUUUGAAGUUCUGGUAUCUGCUCAAAGAGAUUCAAAUGAAAAUGGCUAUGGUAUUACAGGUUCAGUUAUAGGAAGUAAUCAGAUACAAAAUGGCUCGUAUGUUGGCCGACCCGGAUAUGCAAUGCGAAGUGCUAGUAUAGUCAGUUAUCAGCCCUCUACGAUUGCUGGAAAGUCGACUCAAGGUGGAAGAUCUCUUAAUAGUGCAAGUCAUUUAAAAUUGUCACGAAGUUUAGGAGCUUCAAAAGUGAGAUUCAUUUUUAUUUUCUUUACCAAAUUAUGCCAACAUCGUCGUAGACGGCCUAAGAAGGCUCGAGUUCUUAGCAAAAAUCUUUCUUUCAAUCUCUGUUCAAUCGGCCAGGCAUCUUUGGCAACUGCUAAAAGCGGGCGUUCUACAAUCCAGGCUGAACAUCAUGAUAUGAAAAUCCAGAACCGUCUAAACGCCGUCACCUUCGGAAAAGCUCGCACGCCUUACAUUUGGGCAGUUGUUUGUUUCUGUCUCUUUGGUAUCUCUCUCUUUAUUGGAAUCCUCAUCCUUUGCUUGCGCCACAUUUAUAUGAACAUUCAACUCUCUUUGGAUGUUGGUGAAAUGACCGGACCGAUGAUCUGCGCCCUUUCCUUCGUAUUCUUUGGUAUCGGCAUGAAGUUCUACUAUGAUGCCUACAAAUUGGGAGCUCAAGAAAGACGAAGAUUAAAGGUAGCAAAGAAAGAGCAUUAG